ACCAACAUUUUCUGUCAGUACUAACUACCUCGCAGUUCAGAUGUUUUGGAGUUCUGGGGUUUGCGUCGUGUUUGGCGGGACUUACAGACAGUAAUGUAUCGUAAGCUCGCUUAGUAGCGGGGCGUGUAGUAGGCUUUGUGGGUAGUAUAAUUUGAGCAAAAGUAUAUAAUCGUGUGAGACAUGGAUACCAUCGAAGUACCUUUGUCUGUCAAUGGUGUUGAUGUUAUAAACGUGAUAUCCUUAGAACCUAAUGAUACCCAGAAUGACACUAACACAGAGGAAGUUGGUGAGGAAAUGAAUGGAAAGGAAAAGACAUUACCCGUACAAGAGAAUUUGGAGGAAGCUGAUGAUGACUUGCCCACAGAUGAGCAGCCGUACGGCAAUGCAAAUAAUAACCAGGCAGAUAAAGCAGAGAAACUGGUCCGUUUGCCUAUUGGGAGAAUUAAACACUUGAUGAAAAUGGAUCCUGAUGUUUCUCUUGCCACACAAGAAGCAGUUUUCCUAAUAGCAAAAGGAACUGAGCUGUUUAUUGAGUCAUUGGCAAAGGAAGCUUACAAUUUCACAAUAAAGGGGAAGAGGAAGACCGUGCAGAGAAAAGACAUUGAUGCCGUGAUUGAAGCUGUAGACCCUCUUGUAUUCUUGGAGGGUGUACUUGAUGACUUGUGUUGAAUGUUCCAAAUUAAUUUCAAUUAGCAAAUGUGCUUAUAAAAAUGCAUGAGCUAUUUCAAAGUAUGUUAUUUUUUAAACAGUUGUAGGGGUGCUACUGUGAAGUUACUUGCCUCCAUUAACUUUAAAUGCCUGUAGCAUGCUACUAAGUUUGUUUUGUCACCACCUGUGGAAGAUUAUAAUAUUUCAAAUGAUAUUCAUAUGCAAGGUGAAGUUUGAUACUUGAAAUGUGCAUGGAGAUUAUGAUAUGUUAUACUGUUGUCUAUGUAAAAUCCUUGCGAUCGUGCUUUUGCUUGUAAUAUCGAAUGUCAUGUUUUAGCACAAGCUAAUGGUUUUGUCAGACAUGUAUUCAUAGUUUAGAUACAGUUAUUUAUGAUCCUUCCAAGACAUAGUAUUCUGUUAAAGAGUGCAAUAAAAACCAACUUCCUACCUGA